AGCAUGGGAAACCUGCGCGAUAUCUGUGUAACUUUCGGGAUGACUGCGUGCGCACAUAGUUGUAUAGUCUCCUGAUGCAUUGUAUUCUGUAUCUAUAUUGACAACUCUUCAACACGAUAAAAACGCUCCAUGCUGCAGGCUAACAUUUAAUGUCAUUUGGUGUUAGUGUAGCUGGGAUCUACUGUAGCUGUGCGCACCAGUACACCCCUACAUGGAUUCACAGCGUACAACUUUUGCCUGUUGUAUUUAAUGCUUAUCACCAGGGAGCAUUGUCCACUGAAUUUGUUACUCGUGUGGCUAAUGUUCAGAACCAAUUUGCGCCUGGAGAGAAAACAAAACGCGCUUACUUUAAUCGACUCUUUCUGAAACCAACAAACACCCCUCCCCCAUGGAGCUUGUUUUCAUUCAUAAGUUUUCCCCUUCCUCCCUCCCUCCUCUCCUCUCCGGGUGUUUAUCAAUCAGUUCUCCGAUUGCCUUCAGAGAGGGCGCAGCUCUCCCGUCUGAACCCGAUGGUGUGUGGCGCGUGUUGGGGACUUAAAUACGAUACAGUAGCCUAACCUGAAGCGCUGCUCCAGCACUUUUACAUGCUGUUGGAUUGUUUGAGUGGAUUGGACACUUCUUUCACAGAAACACCUUGCAUUUAAGAAGAUUUCGUUCGGUCGGGAUUUUAAUUUUGCUUUUUGAGACGGCAUAGGAAGCUAAAUUAUUAGAUGGUUUCAGCGAGACGAUAGAAAACCGUGAAUGUUUUUUUUUUUUUGUAUGAUUAAUGUAAAUUAAUAAAGGGUUUCAGAUGCUUGCCAAGCCCGCGGUGAAUGUCGGAAGUGGUGAUCACCCCAGAUGGAGCUCCUCAGUCAGCACGACGGCAGCGGAAACCCCUUAGCGGUGGUCAGGCAGCCGUCCCUGGAGAACAGGCCGAGGUUCGAUUACGAAAGAGAGCCUCAGCGUUCCGGCGUCCUCUCUCUGGACCAGAUCAAGGCCAUCCGGUCCCGCAAUGAGUACACGGAGGGCCCGUCCGCCACCAGGAAGCCCACGCCCCCCCGGACGGCCCCGCGGACGGCCCCUAGGCCGGAGAAGCAGGAGAGGACUCACGAAAUCAUACUGGUCAAUGUGAACAACAACUAUGAGCGUCGGACGCCUGGUCACCCGGCGCCCGGGGUGUCGCCGCCCGGCGCUCGGCUACCGCCGCUGAGCAGGUCCGCCAGCUCGGGGAGCAACAGCAGCGCCUCCUCCGAGCAGGGCCUCCUCCUGGGCCGCUCGCCCCCGGCGAGGCCCGGCCCGGCCCCCCGCCCCGGCCGGACAAUACGGACCCAGCCCAAGCCCGCGGCCCAGCCGGAGGCGGCUCUGAAGCCGGCGGGCAAGGAGGACCUGUCCCAGCACCGCUUGGUGUGCGAGCAGUGCGGGCGGUGCAAGUGCGCGGAGUGCACGGCGCCCAGGGCGCUGCCCUCCUGCCUGGCCUGCGGGGGGCAGUGUCUGUGCUCGGCCGAGACCCUGCUGGAGCACGGCACCUGCAUGUGCCUGGUCAAGGGCCUCUUCUACCACUGCUCCAACGACGACGAGGGCGACUCGUGCGCCGACAGGCCCUGCUCCCUCUCGCGCUCCCACUGCUGCUCGCGCUUCCUGUGCAUGGGGCUGAUGUCGGCCGUCUUCCCCUGUUUACUGUGCUACCCGCCCGCCAAGGCCUGCGUCCGGGCCUGCCAGCGCUGCCACGACCGCCUCAAUCGGCCCGGCUGCCGCUGCAAGAACUCCAACACCGUCUACUGCAAGCUGGAGAACUGGUCCCCCGGGAGCUUCCAGAAGCCUUCCUGAUUCACAGUUCCGGAGAAGGAUUUAUAAACAUUGACGAUAAUAAUAACCGUAAUAACAACAACAACAACAAUAAUAAUUCUGAUUGUUAUUAAUGUUUAUCAGAACCCGAGCACCUCCCAUUAUCCCGCUUCUCCACAGAAGAGCACAGUACUUGGAGUAUGGAACCACUUUUUUUGUUUUUUUUUAAUGAAAGUACCCGACUACAAACCAGCGUUUGCCUUUGUGUUCUCCGCGUCUUAUAAGACACUCCUGACUUGCUGUCAUGCAUUCUUUCGUUAGGGGAGAGAUUCUCUGCGCUUCCAGCUUCUAACCAGGGCUGCCUCUGACAAAAAUCUGUGAAGGACUAUCUAGACAAUAUGUAGCUGUUACCGGAUAUCCAUAGCAACAAAGAUUGUUUCUUUAGUAACUGGUUGACACCACACCAAUCUGUGGCUGUGUGUUUUUUUUUAUUUUUUACUGGGAUUCAUGUAAACAUAAUUUCUUACAGAGUUUCCAUCAGAUAUGCUUCUCACACUCUCAUGCUAUGUUGAGUUCACAGGCCACAGCUGUUGUGUGUUUUCUUACCCUUCAGUUUUUUUUUUUGGUUUUUGUAAAUUUUAUGUACAAAAUCAUAAAGAUAAAUUCUGGCUAUUUUUAAAAAGAAAAUGUCUGCUAAAACAUUUUUUGUUGUAAAGAAUAUUUAUUAUGUGAAGCUCUAUUAUUUUAUGAUAUUUAUUGCAAAAGACAGUCUUGAAAUUUUACCCAUGUCUGAAUAUAACAAAAUAUCAAUACUUACUGAAAAGUUAAAGGGUGGCACAAAAGAAAAGCUAUGUUAACUAUAAUGCAGAAAAUAUAUUAAUUAAUGAACAAUA